AUGACAGAAGAUGUGAAUGCACAAUUGGUGUUUGAAUUUGUUAUUGUUGUUGAAGGUGAAAAGGGGCUAUAUCAUGAAAUAACUUGUGGACAUGCAAACUUUUCAAUAAUGAACGGUGAUUAUCAAAACCAAAAGAAUUAUGAGUUGUAUUUAAUGGGAGGGUCAUUAACUCAGCCAGUUGAUAUUCCUCAGGAAGAUAUCAUAUUUAACAGACAAAAUGUUGUUGGUAAGCUUGGAAUGCUAUUCAAAGGAGUACCAAAGCCUCACUUAUCCCUUAGAAUUUCUCUUGUUACUUCACCAAAAGGUCAACAAAAAUUCUGCCAUUGUCCUCCAAAUGUCAUUAUGGAGCUUGAUGGAUGUGAAAUUGUAACAACUUAUAGAAAAAUGCUUGCAAAGAAGCUAUUCCCAACAAGAGUUUUGGAUGACAGAAUGAUUGAGAGCAAUUGUUGUGAAUUGAGAUGGUUUCCACAUAUCAUGGAUGACCAUGAGUUGUGGCUGUUAUUCCUAGAAAAAUGGAAAGUAUUACUGACAGCUUCCAGAAAAACCAAAGAUAAGAAACCUCAUGAAAGAUUGCUUUCUAAACUUGUAAAGGAUGUAUACAGUGUAAAGUUUUGUACUAAUAUUCCAAGACAAGUUGGAAGGCAAUCAAUUCUCAGUCUAUUCUAUGACAAUCCAAAGGAAAUCUUAAACUCAAACGGACUUAUUUUCAAACCAUUUGAUGCCUCAGAAACUAUUUUAAAACCAAUCUUUAAUAAAUAA